ACAACUCGCUGCUUGCACAAAAUCCAUCGAGACUCAAUACCAAAAUGGAGAAGAACUCACAAUUUUUAAAACCAUUCAUUCCCGCCGACGAUCAUCGCUUCCAAUUCGAACUCUACACCAUCCCCGCCACUUCCGAUUGGUUUUCUUGGGAUAAUAUUCAUGAAAUUGAGAAAACGUCGUUAAAAGAGUUUUUUGAUGCUAGUUCAUUGACUAGAAACCCUAGGGUUUACAAAGAGUAUAGAGAUUUUAUUAUUUCCAAGUACAGGGAAGAUCCUUCUAGAAGGUUAACUUUUUCCGAAGUCAGGAAAUCUUUGGUUGGCGAUGUUACUUAUUUGCUUAAGGUAUUUUCGUUUCUCGAUAAAUGGGGUUUGAUUAAUUUCGGUGCUCCCAAAGCGAGUGAUGCGGAUAAUGAUGGUGAUGAGGAUCAGAAAUGGAAGGUUAAAGUGGAAGAUGGGCCUCCUCAUAGUAUGAGGGUUGUUGCCAUCCCUAAUUCUUUGAAGCCGGUUUUGUUACCGGAUAGUGUGAGUGAUAAGAGUGGCUUUCGUGAUGUGGAGAGUGAUUUCAAAAUGCCGCCACUUUCGUCUCAUUCGGAUGUUUACCAGGAUUUGAUUGCUUUGGUUUGUGGCAGUUGUAAGGGGCCGUGCAAGUCUGGUCAUUAUGAGUAUACCAAGGACGGGAGUUCUAUACUUUGCAGCAAGUGCUUCAAAAAUGGAUCUUAUGGAGUGAACAAGUCGGCUGAUGAUUACAAAUUUGUUGCCCACAAUCCUGAAAAUGAGAGUCAUGUUGUGGCAUGGACUGAAGCAGAAACAUUACUUCUUCUAGAAUCUGUAUUGAAACAUGGAGAUGACUGGGAUCUUGUAGCUCAAAAUGUUCAAACUAAGAGCAAACUAGAUUGUAUUUCAAAACUUAUACAGUUACCUUUUGGGCAACUUAUGUUGGGACCCUCAUAUGAUAGAUUUAGAAAGCGGGACACCAAUAACAUUACAAACAAUCAGAAACGAGUACAAGGAGGCCCUCAAGCCACUCAGGAUGCUAAAGAUAUUGGAAGUCAACAUGUUGAACUUGAAAGCAAGAGUCAACAGAAUGGUGACAUUGAUAGUGAAGGCCCUCCUCCAAAGAGAAUAUGCAUUACACCAAUUUCAGAUUCCAAAGACCAUGAAAUGGAGCUGACAAAGGAUGAAGAGGAACAAGAAGAGCCGUUGGUAGUUCUAUCUGAAGAGAUUAGAGAAGAAGAUACUCAAGAUUUUGUGCUCAAGAAUCAUAAGCAGCAGGAUGGAGAAGAUAGUCAAGGUUUAGAGAUUAAGAAUUAUAAGCAGCAGGAUGGAGGCUUGGAGGACCAUGGUCCAGUGAAGAAAGGCUAUUCAAAGCCGCUUCUCAAUAUGGGCAAUUCAUUGAUGCAGCAGAUUGCUCGCAUAUCUGCUGUGGUUGGUCCACAUGUUGCAGCUUCUGCAGCUGAAGCUGCUGUUACAGCUCUUUGUGAUGAAAAUGAAAUUCCAAAGGAAAUUUUUGAUAUUGAAGAAGACGGAAAGGAGCCUGAAAGGAUUGCCCAAGGCAACGGAUCAGAGAUGGAUACAAGGCCCGAUAAAUUAGUAGAAAAGGGUGUAAUACCUUUACAAUUAAGGAUGAGAGCUACAAGUGCAACAGCUCUUGGUGCUGCUGCUGCGCAUGCCAAAUUAUUAGCACUCCAAGAAGAUAGAGAAGUUGAAAGUCUGGUGUCAGCAGUAGUUAAUACGCAGUUAAAGAAGCUGCAACAUAAGAUGGAGCUACUGAAAGAGCUAGAGGCGAUAAUGGAAAAAGAGUCUGCUCAGAUGGUGGAGCUGGAAGAAUCACUACUAACAGAGCGAAUGGAUGCUGCGCAGAAGGCCAUUGAUGCUGGGUUAGGUAGAUGGAGGGAUCGUAUGAUUGCGAAGUCCCCAGUAGAGACUAUACUCUAAAUUGAAACCUAGUUUAGAUUAGCCUGUUUUUAUCAGAGUCACUUCACUUCUAAUUAUUUAAUCUGUAAGAUGUAGAAUUUGUAUGAAUAAUAGUUCACUUCUAAGCACAGGUCAAGAUUUGUUAGAUGAUUUUAAUUAUUGGGUCUAUAGCAUUCCUCUUCCGCUC